AUGGCGCUCUGGCGUGGCAACACGGCCAAUGUGCUUCGCUACUUUCCAACGCAGACACUCAACUUUGCCUUUAAGGACAUGUACAAGCAGAUGUUUGGUUUCAACAAGAAAAUGGACGGCUUUGCGAUGUGGACAUUGGGCAACAUUGGAUCUGGCGCAGCGGCGGGCGCUACCAGCUCCCUCUUUGUCUACUCGUUUGACUACGCGCGAACGCGCCUUGCCAACGAUGCCAAGAUGGCAGGCGGUAAGCGCCAGUUUCGCAGCAUGACUGAUGUUUACCGCAAGACGCUCGCGUCUGACGGGGUCGUAGGACUAUACCGUGGUUUCAUGCCCUCCCUGUGGGGCAUCAUGGUCUAUCGCGGCUUCUACUUCGGCCUGUACGACUCGCUCAAGCCGGUGGUGCUCGUUGGGCAGCUGCAGGACAACUUCGCGGCGUCGUUUUUUGCUGGCGUGGUGCCGUACCCGCUCGACACCAUCCGCCGCCGCAUGAUGAUGACGUCCGGCGAGGCGGUCAAGUAUAGGAACAUGAUCGACGCGGCGAGACAGAUUAUCGCGCAGAACGGUGUCAGGUCUCUGUUCAACGGAUGCGGAGCCAACAUUUUGCGAGCCGUCGCAGCUGGCGUGCUGGCCAUCCAUGACCAAGUCCAGCUGAUUGUUUUCGGAAAGGUGUUUUAA